GGCUCUGAGUGAAUUCGAUCGAGGCAUUGCGCUUUUGAAUGAUUGCAAAUAUGGUCACUCAUGCACAGGCAAUACUAUGACGUUGUCUUUGCUUCGAGCAAGUAAAAUUCCAGAUGAUACUGCUGAUUUGGGAGAACACAGAUUUUCGUAUGCACUGUAUCCUUUCAUCGGCUCAAUGCAGCGGCCUUGUAAUGACUUGAAUUUGAGCGUCAUGAGAGCGGCUUAUGAAUUUAAUAAUCCUACUCGUUUUGUUAAUGGUUGGCAUGGUAAAAACAAACUUUCAUCUUUUCUGAAAAUCGACGGAAGUGAAGGUAUUGUUAUUGAUACUGUGAAGCCAGCUGAAGAUGAUAUCAAUACAUUGGUCAUCCGCUUAUUUGAAUCAUUUGGCGGCGGUGUUAGUGUAAAACUUAUAAUUAACCAUAGUCGUAUUGUUUCCAUUGAUUUGGGUGAUGGUCUAGAAAGGACAAUCUGUCCUUUAUCUAUUGAAACUAAUUCUUCAACACAGAAUCAAUAUGAAGGUUUUGUUAAUUUAGAUUUUCGCGCUUUCGAGAUAAAAACUUUAUUGCUAAGACUGCUUACGCUGUGA